UGGUAAACCAUUGACUCAAAAUCAUCGCUCUCUACCUGAACUUCUUAUCAUACUUUGCUUUGAAGAUCUACUGAAAUAAUACCUUAACUGCAAUACAAACUCCAACACAGAUAUACUGAAAAAACACAAACCCUAACAUGACGUUGGCGCUUACGGAAGCCACAAGGUGACAAGAACAGCAGCUGUUCUUGAUCCCAUCGGUUUCCGGUGCCAGCGCAGUCAUUUUGGUGGUGACCUCUUAUUUUUUAUAGUACAGUCCCUUCCGAAUCCUUCGUGUUGGGAUCUUGCCCUGUUCCUGCAAGCAACGUGCCGCUUCGAAAUUGUAAAAUAUAACCGUGACACUGCGAUGGAGAUUUGUUCUGUCAUUUAGUCAAUAAAUGUAGUAAUAAUUAUGUCUUACGCAGCUUUGCUGGUGCGGGUGAAUCUGUUUAUGGAUUCUACUCCUCGUUAACAAUGUCGUUCUUGAGGAUCAGGGAUUCAGAAUAUAUAUAUAUAUAUAUAUAUAUUCGUUGAGGCGGCUAGGUUGGGCUUUGGACUUCAAUUUAUUUGCUAAUUAUCCUCCCCUUCAGAGUUUGAAAGGACGUCAAUGACUUAAACUGAGAAACCCAUCUCCAGUUCUGCGUGGAAGAAGUAGAACUUGGUGCAGAGAAGAGGAAAAGGAAGCUUAGCCAAUAUUUUCAAAGGAUUAUCCUUUCUUGAGCCAGCUGAGAGGACAGAGACAACUCUUGAGAUUUGUGAGGAAUUCUUAGCAUGGCGAUUCUGGAUCUCUUCAUUACAGCAUCAAUUCCAGUCCUGAAGGUCCUAUUAGUUACGGUUCUUGGGUCAUUUCUUGCAUUGGACCGCAUUAAUAUUCUGGGAGAGGAUGCAAGGAAGCAUAUGAAUAGAGUUGUGUUCUUUGUAUUUUUCCCGGCACUUGUGGCUACCGACCUUGCCAAAACAAUAACAUAUGAAAGCAUGAUUAAGUUGUGGUUCGUUCCUUUAAAUGUUUUAAUGACAUAUCUCAUUGGUUCAGCACUUGGAUGGGUGCUAAUACAAAUCAGUAGACCUCCUUCGCAUCUAAGGGGCCUUAUCUUGGGUUGCUGUGCUGCAGGAAAUAUGGGGCCUAUGUUUAUGAUCAUCAUCCCAGCCGUCUGUAGUGAGAAAGGCAGCCCAUUUGGAGCUCCUGAUGUCUGUAAUACAAAUGGACUGGCUUAUUCUUCACUUUCUAUGGCGAUUGGGGCCAUUUUUUUGUGGUCGUAUGUGUACAAUCUUGUGCGGGUAUCUUCUAAGUCCACUGAAGGGAUUGAUGGCUCCACAAAUUCAGAAGAACCAUCGAAGGUACUCAAUGGGAGUAGCACUGAGCCACUACUUCCAAAGGGUUCACCAGUCUUGAAGAACCAGACAGACCAUUUUGCACUGCCAUGCUCUUCAGUAGAGGAAAGACCACAGGUUCCAAUUUCAGUUAAGUUUAGACAAUAUUUACAGAUGCUUUCUGAAAAGCUUAGCUUGAAGACAUUAUUUGUACCUUCAACCACUGCAGCGAUUAUUGGGUUUUUUAUCGGAGUAGUCCCUCAAAUCCAAAGGCUAAUGAUUGGUGAAAGUGCUCCUCUUCGUGUCAUUGAAGAUUCAGCUUCUUUGCUUGGUGAGGGAGCUAUCCCAGCUAUCACCUUGAUAAUGGGAGGAAACCUUCUCAGAGGUUUAAAAGGAUCAGAUAUUCAUGCAUCCCUUAUCGUUGGGAUCGUAGUAGUUCGUUAUAUUGCAUUCCCUCUGUUGGGCAUCCUCGUUAUUAAAGGGGCAUUGCAUUUUGGCCUGGUGCACCCAGAUCCAUUGUAUAUGUUUUUUCUUCUUCUUCACUUUGCAGUCCCGCCAGCAUUGAACAUAGGAACAAUUACCCAAUUUUUCGGAGCUGGUGUCUCAACUAACAAGGAACUGCAAAACCGAGCAUGCACUGUUUCCCAAUUCACUGGGAGCAUUUCAUCAAUAUAUAUACAAGUUACAUUGAUGAUGAUGCCAGUUGCACCAUGAAAUGACACAGAAUCCAAGUACAACGCCUUGUUGUAUCGUCGGGGUGCGAGUACAGUAAAAGCUUCCAUUUUCCCUUUAAUGCACUUGCAUUUUAUCCUGUUUUCCUAUUUGUUUAAUUGCAAAAUUUACUUUGCAAAUGUCAUUUUGCAUGUAAAAUUUCCUCCAUGUAAAAUUUUCCUACUUAUUCAAUGUACUUUUUGGCAUUUUUCGUUAAAACAAACAACGGAAAAAUCCUAAUUUACAAGAACGCUGAAAGUUUAUUCUGACUUUUGAGAUAAAAUCACAUGGAGCAUUAAAGGCUUCCUUGGGUCUAACUACUGCUAGAUUUUUUACAGCAUCCCACUUUUUAUAAGGCUCUCUUGGUUGGAUUUCUAUUUCAAUUUCAAAUUCAUUUUGUAAAAUAUUUAGUUUUUUUUUUUUUUUUUGUCAAUAAAUUGAAAUUGUGUGGAUGCGUCAAUUAAAAGUAUUCUAAGGAAGAUUGUCUUCUUCUUAGACACCGCACUGCAAUUUCCUGCACCCCCUCUCUCUCUCUCUCUUGAGAUAGGUUACACAAUAGAAAAUACUGAUCGCUUCCAACAGGGUCCUGUCACAAGAGAAGAAGAUCAUUCGCCAUAGCAGGAUCUCUUACUGAAUUCUUCCAUGAAUCCGUGAACUAUAUGAUGAGUUUAUCCAGCUGAAGCCCACCCUGUAGGCAAGUAUUAGUUUGGUGACCAAAACUCUACCAAAUGAAAGCAGAGGAGCUUAAAUUGUGCCUCCAUAAAAUUCAAGGUUACGGAAAUUUGUAGACCAAAUAUGGGUUUUGGAUGAGUCUGUGGAGAACAUUAGGAAUUUCAGUUGUGAAGAAGACUUUGCCUCCCAAACUUUCUGAGAUCUUCCCGUACUAUGCCUAUGUAGUAGCACUGAGAUUUAUUACCUGUGCUGAAAAUCCCUAUUCAAAGUUCCCACCUGGUUCAGAGACGGUGGUCUCCAGAAAUAGAUUCACCAGUGGUGUUACCUCCAUUCAACAUUUGGGUCAGAGAUCCAAGAUUUUAGGUAAAUGACAUGUUUUGGACCUCCGAUAGACCUUUUUGGAGGGCAUGAUCCGACCCCUCAUUUAGAUGAGAUUUUUCUAUUUUGUUGUGGUGUGUGUUUCCUCUCCUUUUUUCUUUUGCUAUCUUUGAUUGGAUCCAUGUAGUCGAUCGCAUUUAGUUAAGAUAAAGGCUGAGUUGCUGUUGUU